AAAUAAAACCCAUGCAGAAGGAAAGGGCUUUGCACAUGUGAAGGAGCUACUCUCCUGUAACCAAGAAGAGAGAUGGAAAACUAACCAGCACGUUCAAGGAUAGAGGGACUGAAAAAAGAGAAAAGACAACCAGCAUAACAAGAAGGAAAAAAGAGAAGACUUUAGGAAAGAAGGAGAGAGCAAUUGCAAAAUUCUGAAGAGGAGAAGGGGAGGGGGAAAAGAAAGCCCACGCUUUGGAAACAAAAUCAAGUGCAAACCGGUUGUGUCUCCACUCUGUUUUUCUGAGAGAAGAAAGCACCUGAGGAUUGUCUUUUCCCCAGUCAGUGACAAACCCCCUUACCUUCCAACAAGAGACAACAGAAGAGCCAAAAAGCCAAUUUAUGUUCUGGUUCAGGGAGAGACCUGAAGGAAAAUCCAAACCUUUUUUGGGGGCACAUCUGAGCAAAGGAGCGGCUGGUAUAAAGCGUGCAGAAACAGCCCUGGAUCUUGAGAUCCACAUCCCUUCUUUCAUGUGAACUCCAGAGGGAGUAACUGUGGUACAGUUCUAUUUUUGUACAUAUGUCUAUUUUUCUUUUUUAAACCACGUCCCUUGGUGGCAGCCACGGGUGACAGUGAAGUGUCUUAAGUGUAGAAAUAUUUUUAAAUUUCCUUUCAUCAUCUGCUUGUGCCUUUUGGAGAGAGCGUGGCAGCCGCGGGGAGGGUCUGCAUUUUUGGAAAAGGACAUUUUUAUUCACAGAAACAUAUACCUACAGUACUGUAGUGAGAGAGAAAUUUGGUGAUUGAUUUGUUCCGAGAGAGAUGGAGGAAGGAGCUAGGCACCGAAACAGCACAGCGAAGAACCACGCAGGUGGGAAUGAGUCUGAUGCCGGCCCGGAGACUGGAUCCGGAGAGGGCGGAGUGGCCCUGAAGAAGGAGAUCGGAUUGGUUAGUGCUUGCGGGAUUAUUGUAGGGAACAUCAUUGGUUCCGGGAUUUUCGUCUCCCCGAAAGGGGUCCUGGAGAACGCCGGCUCUGUGGGCUUCGCCCUGAUCGUCUGGAUCGUCACUGGCCUCAUCACAGCUGUGGGCGCUCUGUGCUACGCCGAAUUAGGGGUCACCAUUCCCAAAUCCGGGGGCGACUACUCCUACGUCAAGGACAUAUUUGGGGGCCUGGCGGGGUUCCUCAGGCUGUGGAUUGCGGUUCUGGUGAUCUACCCUACCAACCAGGCGGUCAUCGCUCUGACCUUCUCCAACUACGUGCUCCAGCCCCUGUUUCCCACCUGCUUCCCCCCCGAGUCUGGUCUGCGACUCCUGGCUGGCGUUUGCUUACUGCUCCUGACGUGGGUCAACUGUGCGAGCGUGCGAUGGGCCACCAGAGUCCAAGAUAUCUUCACUGCUGGCAAGCUCCUGGCCUUAGCCCUCAUUAUCAUCAUGGGAGUUGUGCAGAUCUGCAAAGGUGAAUAUUUUUGGUUGGAGCCCAAGAACGCUUUUGAGAAUUUCCAAGAGCCCGACAUCGGCCUCAUAGCGCUAUCAUUCCUUCAGGGAUCCUUCGCCUAUGGAGGUUGGAACUUCCUUAACUACGUGACGGAGGAGUUGGUCGAUCCCUACAAGAACCUUCCCCGAGCCAUCUUCAUCUCCAUCCCCCUGGUCACCUUUGUAUAUGUCUUUGCCAACGUCGCCUAUGUCACUGCAAUGUCUCCCCAGGAGCUACUGGCCUCAAACGCCGUUGCCGUGACAUUUGGAGAGAAGCUCCUAGGAGUUAUGGCCUGGAUUAUGCCCAUUUCUGUUGCCCUGUCCACCUUUGGAGGAGUCAACGGGUCGCUCUUCACCUCCUCCAGGUUGUUCUUUGCCGGAGCCAGGGAAGGGCACUUGCCCAGCGUUUUGGCCAUGAUCCAUAUCAAGCGCUGCACCCCCAUUCCUGCUCUGCUCUUCACGUGCGUGUCUACCCUGCUGAUGCUGGUGACCAGCGACAUAUACACCCUCAUCAACUACGUGGGCUUCAUCAACUACUUGUUCUACGGGGUCACCGUGGCCGGGCAGAUCGUCCUGCGCUGGAAGCAGCCCGACAUCCCCCGCCCCAUCAAGGUGAACCUGAUAUUCCCCAUCAUCUACCUGCUCUUCUGGGCCUUCCUGCUUGUCUUCAGCCUCUGGUCCGAGCCGGUGGUGUGCGGCAUUGGUCUGGCCAUCAUGAUGACCGGCGUUCCGGUCUACUUCCUGGGCGUCUACUGGCAGCACAAGCCCAAGUGUGUCAACGACUUCAUCGAAUCCUUGACCUUGGUGAGCCAGAAGCUGUGCGUGGUGGUGUACCCCCAGAUGGACGGGGGGAAGGAGGAGGAGGAGGAGAUGAAUGAGGAGAUGAAGGAGCAGAAGCAACCCAUCUACAAACCCGGCUCCCCCAACAAGGCCGAUCCGUCCCAACCCUGAUCGGGAGUGGCUCUUCCCUGAGCCGCCCCGUCCCCAAUUCCUCUCGCUCUCUCCCCCCGGGCCCCAACCCACGGUCCCCGCUGCCCAGAGGUGGGGACAGUUGGAGAUGGAGGAGAAACAAGAAAAGACACUAAUUCUUACCCAAAGAAGCAGCCCCCGGCCCUGACCACUGAGCCUGGGGAAUGCCACUUUCCGGGGCUGCUGCCCUCUCCGAGGGAAUCCCUUUCCAUGUCCUUGUCUGCAGUCCAAGUCAAAGCCUGUAAGGAGAGGGAAUUUGGUCGGUGCCCUUCCGCGACUCUAUUCCCUCGGCCAGAGGGGAACCCGAGACGAACGUCCUAUUCGAUCUUCCUCCUCAGGAACUGAGGCGAGCACCGCCCUCCUGGGUCUCUCUCCUGCCUCCCUUCCCUGUCCCCAGAAGUGGCUCCGGAGAGGGGAGAGGCGCGGCAGAGGGCUACUCACCCAGAAGCCAGGGAGCCAUGUGGGGAGGGAGGAUUCCACAGCAGUACACAGGCCCCAGGGAACCAGGGGAAAAAUUGCCCCCUCCCGGGUCUGUCAGACCACAGGGUCCUCCUCUCCCUCCAUCCCCUUGAGUUAAGGAGGCCGAAAGGGGAGGAAAGAGCCGAUUACUUCAGGUCUGAUUUCCCCUAAGUUCUUACUUUUGUAUAGGGUUCAUUUCAGAACCCACCUAAAACCCCUGUGGGGUUGAGGACCAACAGAAAACCAUCCCCUCUUCUCUCCCCCCCGCCGCCACCCCUUCCUCACACACACACCCUGGCCUUUGGGACAGGUUGGAAAAGGCCCCGACGGCCGAAACCCCGUCCGGCCUUCUCUUUUCUCGGUGCCAAAAACUUCCAGAGGCCCGGACAGCUUGUACCUCCCCGGGGGUUUUCCCCUCCGGGUGUCGGCCAGAACCCGUGCCCCUUAAGGGAGGGAGGGAGCCAUCACUGACCAGGGCAGCUUUGCUCCCAGGGCUUCGGGUCCCCUCCAUCCUUGCCUUCUCCUUCUCCCUCUUGUGUGGGGAGGACGUGUCUGCUGGGAGAUGGUGUGAUAUGUACCCCACAACCCCAGCCUGGAAUCAGCGGCCAUCCAGUCCUUCACAGCACUCCCUACCCCCCACCCUCACCCCAGUCAAGGACCAGGACAGGAGCCUUCCCUCCUGUGCCCCACCGCACCCCCCGGCCCGACGGGCCCAGUGAUAGAUGCUUUCCCCCAUUUCCUAUUCAGAGCCCAUUCCACAACCAGGAGAAGGGGUUUGUCUUCAGCUGACCAGGUAGCUCCCUUUCCUUUAUCCCCAGAUGUCCCCCACUCGCGUGUCCCCCUUCUCCCCGUACUGAAUUAAAAAAAAAAAAAACAACCCAAGCAUCCCUCUCUCCUUUCAGGGUUUACUCGCCAGAAACAGGACAUGCCACUAAUAGGACACUAACAGGAGGGCUGAAGGUAGCACUGGGGAAUCUCAGAAAAGCCCGUGCUGUCCUGCAGUUGUCCCCUCCCCGCUCCUCCUCUCCUUUUUCCUUCAGGGCAGGUGGAAGUCUUGUAACUGACCCCAUCGGAUAGUAGCAAUAUCAGUACAUACGCCAAUCUGUCCCAGUAGAAGCGUCCAUCACGGUCAGGCUCAGUGUGACACUGAAGACGGCUUUCGGUGUGCUUCUUGGAAACGGCGAUGCCGUUUUGAUUUGAUUUUUUAUUUUUUUGGUCGGGUACCUUUCCUGUUCUAGCCAGAUGGUUCCCACCCCUCAAGCCUGUCGAGUUCCCGCACCCCGAGCACCCGGCACUCCCUCGUCUCAUCUUCUCCUUCCGACAGCUGUCGGACGAGCAGAUCCAAAGCCGGGGUUGUUUUACUCUUCAUUCCCCCUCCCAGUCCGCAACUUCUGAUUCUUUCUAAGUUUGGGAGUGUUUCUCCCCCGGCACCUCCCACCUUCCAUUCACUGUCUUCCCCCAGUCUCUGCUUUCUCCGGAAUAUAUGGGGACCUUCAGAUCGCCCCACCAACGCCUUUCUGACCUUUUAGCUUACACCCCAUUUUCAUCUAGAUGAACACUUAGGGCAAGGCGUCUAACGUAGGCACAUGAGCCGGGCCCUUGCGGACCAGGAGGGUUUGUGAACUCCACCAACCCUCCAGCACCCUGUCGCCUCCCUCCCCCCGACUCCAAGGUUUCCUCUUCCGCCCUCCUCCCCCUUCCACCCAUCUCCCCUCUCUCCGCCCACCUCUUUGAUUCUCAUUUUUGUAAAGUGGAUGCCUUACUUUUGGGAUAAAUAUUUUUGAAGCUGGUA